UAACUCCGGGUUGCUACUACUGCAAUCAUUAUGCACACUUGUUAUAAAUUCAAUAAAACAAAUAACAUUUGAAAAAAAUAGAUGGAAUUUUGUUAUUGUCAUAGCGAAAUAUUGUAGGUCACACUGAUUUCAUGUGUAAUGGCCUGUCCGGGUCGUUUGUAGUGUUCAGCUGUUAUAGAGCACUUCCACGACUUGGACGAGAUCAUUUUCGGUGUUUUUCGCAUCACAUGCCACACCCCAUCAUGCCAGUCUGUGCCAAAAGCCCUUUUAAAGUCGAUGAAGCUGUGAUAGAGGUCCCAACGAUGCAGAAUAUACUUCUAUAUGAGGAUGGGAAAGUUAAAAAUCUUCUCAACUGUGCUGAAGUACUUUAGGCUUAGUUUUAGUACCAAACAUAUUUUUUCUCUCUAUGGUUAUAAAAUGCAUUCUAAAAUUGUAGAAUUAAUGAAUAGCUAAAGAAUGCAUUCUAUAAUUAUAAAAUGAAUUAUAUAGCUAGAGAAUACAUUGUAGAGAGAGAAUUUCACUCUUGGUGCUCCAUACUUGGGAGCUUACCAGCAAUGUAUGCCCAGACAUAUAUUUCACAAUGUAUGGAGUUGUAGUGGAAACCCUAAGCGCCUACAGACAGGGCAAGUGAUAAGCAUGUCAGGUGUUUCACCUGCAUCCUGGAUGACAGCUGGUGAGACUUUUGAGACAGAAGGAGAAAGGCAGCUCAAAGCAAUGGCCCAGAGACAACUGAGAAAAGACAUCACAUUCAAUGAGCUUUUGACCCAGAAGCACCAUUUCGAAAAAGCAGGCCAGUACAAGCCUGAUACCAAGGAGAUAAGGGGGAUCAUGAGUCUUGGUGACUAUUCAUCUGUUGCUGACACUGACAGUUGUGUGGAAAUGCUGCGACAGUGUGGGCUCAAAGAUGAUGAAAUUAGACUUUACUUGUCUAAAAUAAGACCUACUCAUAAUCAGAAUCCUCAGAGUACAGCUAUGACAAUAAACCCAGCUGUUAAGCAUGAGCGACUUCAAGCAAUCGAAGCUAAAAUCAGUGAGAAGGAAGCACUUCUGACUCAGGCUAAUACGUUCAGAGGCGUGCAGGAACUGAGUCGACAGCAGCUCGAUCUGGAGAAAUCCCUGUUCCGUGGAACUGAGAGAAAAGCUGCAGCAAUCGGUGGUCUGCUGACAAAACAGAAAACCCCAAAAUCUGGAGUAUCUAGUGACCCUAUAAACUGUCUUCCAGAAAUGUUGGCUGACAUUGAAGCUCGUGCUCAAGAGAAGAUAAAACAGAAGAGGAGGCAUCGCAAGAAAAAUCUGAAACACGUGGAGCCGACUGUGAUCUCUGACGAUAUUUCAAGUGGAGUGAGUGACAGCUGCUCACAUGGGCAAGACUUUGUAGGGUGUUUGACUCGAGAGGAAACACAAGCAUUGCAACAAUUAUCAGCCAAGUCAUCAGGUAUUAAUAAAAUCAGUGCCAGGGACAGCCAGUCAGUUACUGUUGAUGAGAAACUUGACAGACUUAAACAGCAAGAUGUCGAGAGAAAUAGACAGAUGCCUACUUUGGCAGUGCAUGAAAAAACUUGCACAAAUCAAUUGCAAGACAACAGCGCUGCUGAGAAUGCAAAGGAGAAAGCUCAUAAACCGAAAGUGAUUGAGAGACAUAUAGAAUUUGUGCCGCAAGACUAUAUUAUAGAGAACAGGCUGAGUGAAGACGAAAUCAGAUGCUUACCAAAGUUUGAAAACUAUGAAGCUGGUAGUCCAGGCAAUGUUCUGUAUGUAAAGAACCUGUGCAGUCGUACAUGUGAAGCGGACCUUGUCUCACUGUUUGGUCGCUACCAAAAGCCUGAUGGACCCCCCAUUGUGUACAGGCUGAUGACGGGCAGAAUGAGAGGGCAAGCUUUCAUCACGUUUGAAAAUGUGAAAACAGCAUCAGAUGCCCUCACACUUGUGAAUGGCUUCAAGCUACACGAGAGGCCUUUAAUUAUACAGUAUGGAAGAAGACCCAAUUCUUGAGAAAAUGUUGUAAAUCAGACACAAUGGUACAGAACAGAUUUUGAACUGAAAGUCAUGAUAGAUAGUAGAAGUGAUCUUUGUGACCCAUUCCAGAUUGGUGCAUUGAUCUGUAAAUAGUAAUAAACCUAAGCUACCAGUCCUGCUAGGUGUUCUGUUUCUCACCAAAAUACACAUUGCAGAUACCAGAUACAAUUUGAGCAUGUAAAAGAGUAUUUAAAAUCUU